CGUGUGAAGCUCAUUUUGUAUUCAUAUCCACAAUUCGUAGCGAAAAUUUGUGCGGCAAAUUGUAAAUCGUCGUCAGAGAAGAAGAACAAGUUGUGAAUCAACAUGGCCAGAACAAAGCAGACUGCUCGUAAAUCCACUGGAGGAAAAGCCCCAAGGAAACAGCUAGCAACAAAGGCAGCUAGGAAAAGUGCACCAUCCACAGGUGGAGUCAAGAAACCACAUAGGUAUAGGCCUGGUACAGUAGCUCUCAGAGAAAUCAGGAGGUACCAGAAGUCUACGGAAUUGCUCAUCAGGAAAUUGCCAUUCCAGAGAUUGGUUAGAGAAAUUGCUCAGGACUUCAAGACAGAUCUCCGAUUCCAGAGUGCAGCUAUUGGGGCUCUCCAGGAAGCAAGUGAAGCCUACCUCGUGGGAUUGUUUGAGGACACCAACUUGUGCGCCAUCCAUGCGAAACGAGUGACAAUCAUGCCCAAGGACAUACAGUUGGCAAGAAGAAUCCGUGGUGAACGUGCUUAAAAAGACUCCAUCCAGUUUCAUUUCAUUACUCAUCUCAUGAAAUUUUUAACUUAAUGAUCAGACUGUUUCUACAGAUCAUGCAAGUCGUACUAGUUGAUCUACAAAAUUGAGAAUGUGCAACUUUUGUGUUUCGAAGGAUUGAUCAACAGAUUCCGGGGAAAAAAAUAACAUGAAAUAUAUACCUCUAGCAUGGACUUAAAUUCAUGAACUGAUUUGUGUGUAGAAUUUCAACAUCUCAUCAAUUGCAGCAGUUUUUACUCUCCUGGUUUUAACAUUGGAUUUUAACAGUUGAUCAACGAAGUGAAUUCUUUUAAACAAUGUAUUCUUGCUCUUAACUUUCAGGUUAUAGUGAUCAACAAGAUAAUGUGUUUUCAAUUUUGCAAGUGUUCUUUGCAAUCAAAGCAGCAAUGCAAGAUCUUGUUCAUUACUAUCAUUGACUUUUUGUGUUGUAAGUGUUUUUGUAUCGUUUUGGUCAACAAAAUAAAUGUAGUAUAUUUAUUA